GGCUUCUACGCAGUGCACCUCAGCGACGUGUACGACGACGACGAGGGGGGGGGGCGGUACCGCGUCGCGCACAAGCUCGGCUUCGGCGGCUUCUCCACUGUGCGACUCGCCCGCGACGCGCUCGCGAGCUGCUGGGUCGCCUUGAAGAUUGUCGCUGCGCGAGAGUCGCCUACGUACAAUUACGGAGGGGAUGCCCGCGCUGCUGCGGCGAUCGCCGACUCGCGUCUGUUCGCCACGGUCGAAAGGGAGUUCUGGUUCGACGGGCCAAACGGAAGGCAUCUUUGUCUAGUGUCCCCGGUCCUGGGCCCCGACCUGGCCAGGCUGUCGAACGGCAUCUACGCGAGAAUCACCCCGCAGUUUUCUAGAGAGGUGACUCUGCUGUCCGCGCGAGCUCUGGCGCACAUGCAUGCAAACGGGUGUCACGGCGGUAAGUCGAGUUGCCUCUCU